CAAUUAGUCAAAGCACACAAUGAAUAUGAUCUCCAUAUCAUUUUGCAUUUCUCGACAAAUAUAAUCUGUUUCGCUAUUCUAAGUGGUUAUUUUAUUCUGAGUAAUGAAGAACUCGUCAUUCUUAAUUCUUGGGUUCAGGAAUUCCUCUAUAACUUAAGUGACACAAUAAAAGCUUUUUCUAUUCUUUUAGUUACUGAUUUAUGGAUCGGAUUUCACUCGACCCAUGGUUGGGAACUAAUGAUUGGUUCGGUCUACAACGAUUUUGGAUUGGAUCAUAACGAUCAAAUUAUAUCUGGUCUUGUUUCCACUUUUCCAGUUAUUCUAGAUACAAUUGUGAAAUAUUGGAUCUUCCUUUUUUUAAAUCGUGUAUCUCCUUCGCUUGUAGUAAUUUAUCAUUCAAUGAAUGAAUAAAGAACUCAUUUGAUCUUAUUAUAUCAAUCAAAUCAGAAUCUUUCUUCGUGUAUAAAGAAAGUAUUUUCAAUUUGACUUAAUUCUUUAUACUUUUAUCUGUUCAAGGUAUUCGUCCUAUAUUCCAGUACAAUUAUUCCAGUACAAUGACAGACUCGUGUAUAGGGAACUAUACUAGCUACCUAUCUAAUUUAUUGUAGAAAUUCGGGGAUCAAUGAUUGGACAUGCAAAAUAAAAAUACUUUUUCUUGGGUAAAGGAAGAGAUGACUCGAUCCAUUUCUGUAUCGAUCAUGAUAUAUGUAAUAACUCGGGCAUCUAUUUCAAAUGCAUAUCCCAUUUUUGCGCAGCAGGGUUAUGAAAACCCGCGAGAAGCAACGGGACGAAUUGUAUGUGCCAAUUGCCAUUUAGCUAAUAAACCCGUGGAUAUUGAAGUUCCGCAAGCUGUGCUUCCUGAUACUGUAUUUGAAGCAGUUGUUCGAAUCCCUUAUGAUAAGCAACUGAAACAAGUUCUUGCUAAUGGUAAAAAGGGGACUUUGAAUGUGGGGGCUGUUCUCAUUUUACCCGACGGAUUCGAAUUAGCCCCCCUUGAUCGUAUUUCUCCUGAGUUGAAAGAAAAGAUAGGAAAUCUGUCUUUUCAGAGUUAUCGUCCCAACAAAAGAAAUAUUAUUGUGAUAGGUCCUGUUCCCGGUCAGAAAUAUAGUGAAAUCGUCUUUCCCAUUCUUUCCCCCGACCCUGCUACGAAGAAAGACGUUCACUUCUUAAAAUAUCCCAUAUACGUAGGUGGGAACAGAGGAAGGGGUCAGAUUUAUCCUGAUGGUAGCAAAAGUAACAAUACAGUCUAUAAUGCUACAUCAGCAGGUAUAGUAAGCAGAAUAGUACGUAAAGAAAAAGGGGGAUAUGAAAUAACCAUAGUUGAUGCAUCGGAUGGACAUCAAGUGGUUGAUAUUAUACCUCCAGGACCAGAACUUCUUGUUUCAGAGGGUGAAUCCAUCAAGCUUGAUCAACCAUUAACAAGCAAUCCCAAUGUGGGAGGCUUUGGUCAGGGAGAUGCAGAAAUAGUGCUUCAAGACCCAUUACGGGUCCAAGGUCUUUUGUUCUUCUUGGCAUCUGUUAUUUUGGCACAAGUUUUUUUGGUUCUUAAAAAGAAACAGUUUGAAAAGGUUCAAUUGUACGAAAUGAAUUUCUAGGUGCAGAGAUUCCUUAACAUCAAGUUGGUAAAAAGCGCCGAAUUUUUUUUGAUCCAUACAAUUAUGUAUGAUCAAAAAAUCUGUAAACCUUUUUGGUUGCUUUGUUUAUACUUUUUUUUCGUUUUGCGGGAUGUCUGGAAUUCAUUACUUGUAUCCUAUUCUUAGUAAUAGACAAUAGACAUACAAAGAAAGAGAAUACAGAGCAAGGAUGGGAAAAAUGAAAGAAAGAAAUCCUUUUAGGAGGGAUUACUAGUCUUACGAGUCUUCUAUUCGACACAAGAAAAGGGCGGAAAAUCCUUUUUCUUGUGUCGUCUUAUAUCGAAAUAAUAAUGAUUUUUUCUCCUGUUCGUCAAAGAUUACCAUUCCUUCUUUUCCGGGUCCACCAGAACUCUUUUGGUUAGAUUCAUAGGAAGUUGUGGACAAACAAAAAGAGAGAAAGGAUUAGGGGAAUAAUUGAUUGAGCAAAUAGAACUUCUUCAAUUAACUUAAACUUUUAACUUAGAGAAAUUAUUCAAGAGAAAUUAUUCAAACAAAUUAUAUUAUAGAGUUUUAUAGAGUAAGUUCUAUAGAGUAAGUUCUAUUAGUAGUUUAGUAUAGAAAUUAUUUGCAGGAUGUCUCAUGCGUAGAAAUCUAUAUAAUAUUGUAUUAUUCAGAAAAUCCAUUGAUUACUCUUUUCUUGUUUCUUCAUAAGAGUUAAUAUUAUGGAGGAAAGGAAGAACAGAGACUAUGAAUCAAUCAAUAGAUUCAAUUCUUCAAAAACAUUAUUAAGAAACAAAAGAAUAGAGUGGUUUGAAACAUCAGAGCAAAGGAUCCGUUUUGUCAUUUCAUUUCUACGAAUAUAAUAUUUUGAUUAUGUUGACUGGCCAAUUUGUAUGUUAUGGAAUAGAUCAUAAUCUUCCUAUAAGAGUAAGAAAAGAACUCAACGGGACCUUAUCGCUCUAAUUAGACAAAGGAGGGUAAGGUCCCGUUGAGUUCUUUUCUUACUCUUUCAUGUCUACAAUCCGGUUUAUCCGAUUACUAGAGAGAUGAACCCAACCCAGAAUAUGAACCGUAAAAGAAAACACCUAUUAAACCGAUCACAGGAAUACCAGUUACAGUACCAACCAGCCAAAGAGGAAUCCUUCCAGUAGUAUCGGCCAUUUCCCCUACUUUCCUCCACAUUUUCUCAAAUGGUCGUGCUAGAGACAAAAACAGUCAUGGAUAAUUAUGAGGAUGGUAUCUUUCCGAAUGGGAUAAGAGAAUUCCUACUAUUCUCUUUCUUUCUUUCAAUUGAAGAAAUAAUUGGAAAAUAAAACAGCAAGUACAAAAAUGAGUAAUAAACCCCAGUAUAGACUGGUACGAUUCAAUUCAACAUUUUGUUCAUUCGGGUUUGAUUGUGUCAUAGCUCUAUAAUUCAAAUUAGGUUUAUCGUUGGAUGAACUGCAUUGCUGAUAUUGACCCCAAAAAAGAAACGGUAGGUACAGCUAGUCCGUGAACAGCCAACCAUCGCACUGUAAAAAUUGGAUAGGUUCGAUCUAUGGUCAUUGGGGGCCUCCUAAAAGGAUUUACUAAAUUCAUCAAGUUGUUCCAAAGAAUCAAAACGGCCGGUUAUCAAUGGAAUACCUUGUCGGCUCUCUGUGAAAUACUCGUUUGGCCGAGGACUUCCAAACACGUCGUAAGCUAAACCCGUACUGACGAAUAA